AUGACAGAUCGAGAUGAAGAAAGAUAUCGCCUAGAAAAUGAUAUAACUACAACAUCAGCAACGGCCACGAGCCCGCAUUUGGGACUGGUUUUUGACACACCCAACAACGCACCCACUUCGUCUACAUUUGGAACAUCACCACAGACUGAAAACAAUAAAGUACGAGCUCGCGAGGCGCAAUUGAGACUCAAACAAGAAUUGGUUGACGAAAAGCAGCGAUUGUUGAAAAUCAAGGCAGAAAAGUUAAAUCAAAUCGAGACUCUACAAACAAGAGUGGAGCAACUAAGCAAAGUGCAAAAAGAAACCAAUAUCAAGAAUCAAUUGAAUGAAUUACUCGAAAAGAGUCAAGUUGAAUUUUAUAAAAGACUACAAAGUCGAAAUCAGCAGCAACAGGAUUACAUGUUGCAACAUUUAAAUGUGUUGCCAUCGGCAGACUGGGAUCAACGACUAUCAUUGGCCAAGAAAUUUAUCCCAUUUUUGGAUAUUGAUAAGUUGAAAACUUAUAAUGAAUAUUUUGACGAUAAGCUCAUUCGAGUUUUUGAAUUUACCAUCUUGUCGCCACUAGUAUUGAAUUUAAGACUCAAAUUAGAUAUAAAUACAUCGGACGAUUCAGUGUUUCAGAUCUCCGUGGUGACAAAUUUGACAACUUUACACAUGCUAUCAUCUUCAUUUGCACGCGCAUUGGUUGAUGAUUAUACACCGAAUGGGAAAAUCAAUUGCAUAAUGUAUGGGCUAAAUUCAUUGACAAGGUUGAUUCAGAAAAGGACAAAAAUCUGGCACCAGUUGGUGAUAAAAUAUAAACUGUUGAUACAGAAUGAUAGAUUAGCCAACAUUUCUGCCCAAGUGUCUGACUAUACGAAGUUACGGUAUUGCAACUUUAAAAGAUGCUGGCUCACUAUUCACAUCGUUGAUUCCAAAGUAUGGAGUUGUCAAUUCAUUAGAAAUUAUUCUUUGUAA